CCUCAAUGAGCGCUAGUCUGCCUUUAAGCCCAUUGCAGUUGUUAACAGCGGCCCCUUUCUAAUGAGAAAAAAAAAUUUUUUGUGUCAAACGCUGAGCUAACAUAACAUAACAUAACAUAACAUAACAAAGCAAGAGCAUCACGGUGAUCUCAUACGCACAGAAGCUUCAAUGCCUAUCAACCAGCCAUCUAACCAGAUCAAGCUGACCAAUGUGUCGCUUGUGCGAAUGAAAAAGGGCAAGAAAAGAUUCGAAAUUGCAUGCUACCAGAAUAAAGUGCAGGAUUGGAGGUCCAAUGUUGAGAAAGACCUCGAUGAGGUGUUACAGAUUCCACAGGUGUUUCUCAACGUCUCCAAGGGACAGGUUGCUCCUAAUGAGGACCUCCAAAAGGCUUUUGGAACCACAGACACCGAUAAGAUCAUUCUAGAGAUUCUUCAAAAAGGAGAGAUACAACUCUCUGAGAAGGAGAGACAGGCGAAGAACUCACAAGUCCAAGCAGAAGUUUUGCAAAUCAUCUCUACAAAGUGUAUCAAUCCAAGAACCAAGAAAAGAUAUCCUCCAACGAUGAUUCAAAAGGCAUUGGUUGAGCUAAAGGUCAAUAUUGUUGCUACAAAACCUGCAAAGAUCCAAGCCUUGGAGGCGAUUCGUCAAUUAGUCUCUGAGCAAGUGAUCCCAAUUGUUAGAGCAAAAAUGAAAAUUAAAGUCACUCUGGAUUCAAAAGAUGCUAAGAAGCUGAAUGAAAAGAUCAAACCACUGUUAGGAGAAAUCCUAUCGGAAGACACUGGUAAACUCUGGGAAGUCAUUUCACUUAUCGAUCCUGUUAAUUACCGUGAUCUCGUCGAAUUGGUUGGAAACCACAAGACUGGGCAAUUGGAAGUGCUAGACAUGGCAGUGAUUGACGAAUCUGGUAACUGAUGGCUCAUCUUGUUUACAGAACCUUCUUAACGAGUUCCAACACACUAAUAAACCUAUCGAAAUCUCCCCUGGAAGAAGCCUUCCCAGUAUCAAAGAUCUUUGAACUCACAGAGAUUAUUAGAUUUCUCGUUUCUCUGUUCAUAUAUAGAAGUUUUGAUAGAUGGUUGACUAAUAGAGAUAAUUUGACGUUCAGACUAUCGCCAACUAAACAAACCUUUUCGCAACUGAAAUCGUCGUCUUCGUUUUGAUACUGUAGGUUGAAAGCGAGUUGUGAGUUUGGAGCUUGA